AUGGAUCGUCGGUGUUCACAGUCGGUCAGGACGCUAGUUUUUGACGAUUCGGAUUCAGAUCCGCCUAAAGGUGGACAGAAGAAGGAUUUGUCAGCGUCUGCUGCUCCACCCUCGCUAAACCAAAGCGCGGAAGAUGCCUCAAGCAAGGUCCGCAGCAACCUUGUGCGUAUGCGUCGAUCCGCGCUCGGCAAAUCUGCACCGACUCUGUCUAUCCACGUGAAAGAGCAAUGUGCGGUGUCCCGACGACCAUCCCGCUUACCACCUCCGCCACCACAUCACCGACUUUCCCUCGUGGUGGGCUCUGGACGGUGCAGUUCGCCCGGCACAGGACCUCUCUCCCCAGCAGAGGGCCCACGGUGGCACGCCCACCACGCCCACCCACUACAUCACGCGCUACUGUCUUCUAGCGUGAAAAGAGGGAAGGAACUUGAUGGUCGAAGAUGGUCGGUGGCGUCGCUGCCUUCAUCCGGGUAUGGUACCACGCCAGGAAGUUCCAGCCUUUCAUCACAAUGCUCGUCGCAAGAGCGCUUAUUGGCGGCGCAGGCUGCGUGCGAGCCGCCACGCGCGCCCUGCCCGCAUUGCCACCACCACCAGAACUCACUCAAUAGCUCGCAAGGCAGCGGUAUGAACUGGGCGUCGCUGUCGGACAGCGGUGGCAGCGGGCACGUUGCGCGCGCGCCUUCGCCCCGCGCCCUGCCGCGGAGGGUCAGGAGUCGCAGUUUGAGUUCGCCCUCCCGAUCUCCGGGCGGUGGCAGCGGGUCGGACGGCUCAAAGGACGACGCGGUGUCGGCCAUGUCGUCUCUGUUCGCUGCACGGUUCCCGGCCGCGCAACGAGCCAUGGACGACAAAUUAAGGGGGUUGAUCGAAGAACUGACUGAAUUAGAUAAAAAACCCGACCGUCCGCCCAUCGAGAGAUUUGUACAGCGACAGGUAUUGGAAAUGGCGCGGGAUUGCCUUCAUAAGUCCGAGUCGAAACAAGUGACGAGUUCAUACUUCUACGACAUGGCGGACAGUCUUGACAGGUUGCUGGCUGAGACGCGCGAGAAGUCGUCGGAGGCGGGCGCGCAGGUGGCGCCGCUGGUGACGCGACUGACGCUGGCGAUGGCGCGGCCGGCGCGCCUGCUCGAGUGUCUGGAGUUCGAUCCCGAGCGGUUCUACCGGCUGCUGGAGGCCGCCGAGGGUCACGCCCGCCAUUUGCAGGGCAUGACGACAGACAUCCCGCAGUACAUAAUCCACAAGCUGGGCCUGUCCAAGGACCCGCUGGCGGAGCUGCACGUGCCGCCGCCGCCGCCGCCGCCGCAGAACUGCUCGCCCUCCAAGGUGCGAGGCCGCCAGUCGCCGCCGGGCGCGGGCGGAGCGCCGGGCGCGGGCGGCGCUCCGCCCUCGGAGAGCGACUAUCAGGUUAUCAAGCUGAUCUCCAACGGCGCGUACGGCGCCGUAUAUCUAGUCAAGCAUAAACAGACCAGACAGAGGUACGCAAUGAAGAAAAUCAGCAAAAACAACUUGAUAUUAAGAAACCAAGUGGAACAAGCGUUUGCUGAACGAGAUAUUUUAAGCUUCGCGGACAAUCCUUUUGUGGUGACGAUGUACUGCUCAUUCGAGACGAAGCGGCACCUGUGCCUGAUCCUGGAGUUCGUGGAGGGCGGCGACUGCGCCACGCUGCUGCGCGCCGGCCCGCUGCCGCCCGACAUGGCGCGCCACUACUUCGCCGAGGCCGUGCUCGCCGUCGAGUACCUGCACUCGUACGGCAUCGUGCACAGGGACCUCAAGCCGGACAACCUGCUCAUCACUGCAACCGGCCACAUUAAGCUCACUGACUUUGGACUCAGCAAAAUGGGUCUCAUGUCAUUGGCAACAAACCUCUACGAGGAGUACGCGGACCGCGAGGCGCGGCAGUUCUCCGAUAAGCAGGUGUGCGGCACGCCCGAGUACAUCGCGCCCGAGGUCAUACUCAGGCAGGGUUACGGUAAACCAGUGGACUGGUGGUCCAUGGGCAUCAUCCUUUAUGAAUUCAUCGUUGGAUGCGUACCUUUCUUCGGCGACACGCCAGAAGAACUGUUCGCGCAUACUGUUAAUGACGACAUAGAGUGGCCGUCGGAGGACGACUUCCCCAUAGCGGUGGAGGCGCGCGCCAUCAUCACGGAGCUGCUGGCGCGCAACCCGCGCGACCGCCUCGGCACCGCCGGCACGCACCAGGUCAAGGAGCACAUAUACUUUUACGGCUUGGACUGGAAUAAUCUGCUACGGAGGAAAGCUGAAUUUAUCCCACAACUGGAGAAUGAUGAGGAUACAAGUUAUUUCGACAGUCGCUGCGACCGCUACAACCACAGCGAGGCGGAGACGGAUGAAGCGGCCGAGCACGAACCCCACGAGGCGGACGAGGCACUCUUCGCUGCCUUCUCCUCCACUUCACCUCAGUGGCGACGCCACUAUCACCACUCACAUUCCGCCGCUGAACACGAUUCAAGGAGCACGGACAGUUGGCCGGGCACGCCGGACAGCGCGGGGCCGCCCACCACGCCCACGGCGCCCGCGCCCGCCGCCCACCACUCCAAGUGCCCUAUGGUGGGCACGGGCGGCGGGUCGACGGCGGAGUCCUCGCAGACGGACUCGGACGACGUGUCGCCGGCCGCGCGCCGCCGCGCCGCGCUGCGCCCGCUGCCGCACCCGCACCCGCUGCACGCACACCCGCUGCACGCCAGCCACGGCGCGCUCGUUGCCAGGAUACCGGAGGCGCAAAAGAAAGAAGACAAGGGCAUAGAUAAGCUCGACAAAGUGGAUAAGAAGCCGUCCGCGCUCAUCGCGCCCAAGGCCAUGCGCCGCUCCGCCAGCACCUCGGGCCUGUCCCUAGUCAUACAUCCAGCGGAAGACACAAUCUCAACAAUAGCGAUAGGCGGCGCAGCGUCCCCCUGCGCGGGCAAUACCUCCUCCACCAACUCGUCGCGCGACUCCUCGCCGUGCCGCGACCCGCCCUCGCCAUUCGCCAUCGCUAACCACUCGUUGAUCCAGUCGUCGAAGCCGCCGAUCGUGGUGCGUCGCGGGCCGCGCGGCUUCGGCUUCACCAUCCACACGGUGCGCGUGUACUACGGCGACACCGACUACUACACUAUGCACCACUUGGUCUCGGCGGUGAGCGAGCAAGGCGCGGCGUGGGCGGCCGGCCUGCGCGCCGGAGACCUCAUCACUCAGCUCAAUGGGGAAUCUGUGCAGGGACUGUUGCACACACAGGUCCUUAGAUUGCUGCUGGCAGCGCCUCAUGCGACUCUCCGCGCUACGCCGCUAGAUCAAACUACUAUUCAAGCGGGAGGGCGGCGUCGCGCGGGCGGACGUAGAGCCUCCGCGCCGCCGCGCCCGCGCCCGCGACGGCGCUGCUCGCUGUUCAGACGGAUAUCUACUAAGCGAGCCUCGCAGGAGAUGCAUCAGAUGGUGUCAGCCGCGGCGAGCGAGCUGCCGUCGCCGGCCGCGUCGCCCGCCGCCGACUCGCCCCUCCACACCACGCACCCCACCACCCACUACCAGCGGCCUUCAUCACUUCAUGGCCUGAAGCACAAGCUGGGGGGUGAAGUGCGCCGAGCGUCGCUGCAGCACAUGCCGCUGUCGCCACUGGCACGCACGCCCUCGCCCUCGCCGCAGCCCGCACCCGCAUCACCUACCAGCCGCGGGUGUGAGGCGCGCAGCCCGUCCCCGCUGGCGACGCGCGAGUGCCGGCGCGCGUGGCCGCGCCGCGACCCCGCCUCGCCGCUGCUCAGGCGCGCGCUGUCGCCGGACAGACUCCACCCCCGGUCAGCGGAGGCCAAGUGCUCUAUAUCGCCGCUGUGCUGCGCGGGCGUGGGCGGCGCGGCGGGCGGCGCGGGCGCGGCGGCGGCGGGCGGCGCGCGGCGCGCGGGCCCGUGGCGCCCGCCCGCGCCCGCGCCGCCCACGCCGCCGCCGCCAGACAAGGCGGACGAGCCCACGCUGCCCCGCAUCGCCGAGGAGAAGGAUUCGCCUACCCACCACGCGGCCAGGCUGCCUGCCAGGACGCCAGCUAAACAGAGUACGCCAAGUAUCUUCACGUCAUCGCCCAAGGCCAGCUUGGACAAGUCCACGUUUGAGGGGAGCGCGUCGUUCGCCUCGCUGUCGCUAUCCGACGAGUCUUUUGUGGAUAGCAGCAUGGAUGUAUCCAAUAUAGAUACUUCGAGAGAUAUUAAUAUCGAUGAUAGCCGAUCAAGCACAGAACUAAGUGUACUAACAUCAGAUCUCAGUAAAAAGCUAGUGACCACGCAAGACUCGAUGCCGAGUGUGAGCGAAGUGCAACCAAAAACAAGGAAGAAGUCUGACUCGAGUCUCAAAGAUGAAGACUUCAAAACUAAGGAGAAGUCUAAGAAACAGGAGAAAGAAGAGAAAGUAUUAAAGAAGCAAGACUCAAUGAAGAAGAUUGAAAAGGUCGAACUGAAAAUAGAAGAGAAACAAGAAACUCCGAAAGUAGAAGAGAAAACUAAACAAGAAAAGGCGAUGGAACGUAGUGGAUCUGUCAGGAGGUCUGAGAGUAAACAAGAAAAAGAAGUUAGAGAAGCGAAGGAGAAGAAGCAAGAAAAGCAAGAGAAAGCGGAGAAGAAACAAGAAAAGAUUGAGGCUAAGAGGUCCGAAUCAAUGAAGAAGAGUGAAGGGUUAAAGCGUCAAGAAUCUAUGGAAGCUAGUAAGUCGCCGGAGGAGAGCGAGGGCCGCAAGCCCAGCGGCGGCAGCAGCAUGGUCAGCAAGCUGCUGGGCGUGAUGGGCCGCAAGCGCGACGACGACGACCACCGCGCCAAGCGGGACAAACAUGCCAAGAAGAAGAACACACCAAGUACUCCGCAGCCGACACAGACACAGAAACCUGUAGAGACUCCAACAUCAGAGAAAAGUAAUGAAAAACAAGAGAGCGAUGACAAAAAGACUAAAAAAGGACGAGGCAGAGCGUCAAGCUCUUCGUCUGCGGAAAAG